CUGCCUGUGUGAGUUAAAAGUGGUGCUGAAAGAGAGGCACAGAGAGAUGCAUGAAGAUUCGGCUGGGGAGACACUGUAAAAAGGGGAAAGGAAGGGAUGAGACAGGAGCAACAACAGAAUCAACCCUGCUGAGCAAGGCUAACUCCGUUCCAUUGCUAAACAAGGCUAUACCUUGAAAUUUUCAUCCUUCUAAAGUAGAAGAUAAUGAGGACUUUCCAUUGUCUUCAACUGGUCAUCUGGACUUGCAUUUUCCAUGUGGUUGACAACAGCGCAUUACAAGGAAAGGAUAACAGCCACUUCCUGCGAAGGAUAGUGAAUCUGAGAAAGGAUGAGGGUAAAAUGCUCCAUCGUGCCAAGCGUGGAUGGAUGUGGAAUCAGUUUUUCCUGUUAGAAGAGUAUACAGGUACAGACACUCAGUAUGUAGGAAAGCUUCACACUGACCAAGAUAAAGGAGAUGGAAAUUUAAAAUACAUAUUGACAGGAGAUGGAGCUGGAAAUCUGUUUGUUAUAGAUGAAAAUACAGGAGAUAUUCACGCUGCAAAGAGACUAGACAGAGAAGAAAAAUCUCUUUACAUUCUUCGUGCCAAGGCUAUAGACAGAAAGACUGGGCGACAAGUGGAGCCAGAAUCUGAGUUUAUCAUUAAAAUCCAUGAUAUCAAUGACAAUGAACCAAAAUUCACGAAAGACCUCUAUACAGCCAGUGUUCCUGAAAUGUCUGGAGUUGGUACGUCUGUUAUACAAGUAACUGCCACCGAUGCAGAUGAUGCUAACUAUGGGAACAGUGCCAAAGUGGUCUACAGCAUUCUUCAAGGACAGCCAUACUUUUCAGUGGACCCGGAAUCAGGCAUAAUAAAGACUGCAUUGCCAGACAUGAGCAGAGAAAACAGAGAGCAAUACCAAGUUGUUAUUCAGGCUAAGGACAUGGGCGGCCAGAUGGGAGGCCUCUCUGGCACCACCACAGUGAACAUCACCCUAACAGAUGUCAACAACAACCCUCCUCGCUUCCCACAGAGCACUUAUCAGUUUAAUUCUCUGGAGUCGGCACCUCUUGGAACUCAUCUUGGAAGGAUAAAAGCCAAUGAUCCAGACCUGGGGGAGAAUGCCGAGCUGGAAUACAGCAUUUCAGAAGGAGACGGAUCAGACAUGUUUGAUGUGAUCACUGACAAAGAUACACAGGAAGGGAUCAUAACUGUCAAAGAGAAUUUAGAUUUUGAAAAGAAAAUGUUGUACACUUUAAGAGUGGACGCAAGUAAUACCCACCCUGAUCCUCGAUUCUUACACCUUGGACCUUUCAAAGACUCAGCCAUGGUUAAGAUAUCUGUGGAAGAUGUAGAUGAGCCCCCUGUGUUCAGUAAGCUCUCUUACUUGAUGGAAGUGGAUGAAGAUGUAAAGGAGGGGAGUAUCAUUGGACAAGUCACAGCAUAUGACCCAGACUCCAUGAACAACAUAAUAAAAUACUCUGUGGACCGGCAUACUGAUAUGGACCGAGUCUUCAGUAUUCACUCAGAAAAUGGCUCUAUUUUCACUCUGAAACCCCUGGAUCGGGAAUCAUCCCCUUGGCAUAACAUCACCAUUACAGCCACAGAGAUAAAUAACCCAAAACAAAGUAGCCAAAUUCCUGUCUACAUCAGAAUCCUCGAUAUAAAUGAUCAUGCUCCGGAAUUUGCUACAUACUAUGAAACAUUUGUUUGUGAAAAUGCGAAGUCUGGCCAGUUGAUUCAAACUAUAAGUGUCAUGGACAAAGACGAUCCUCCCCGAGGACACAAGUUCUUCUUUGAGCCAGUGCCAGAGUUUCCUCUAAACCCAAACUUCACAAUAGUAGACAAUAAAGAUAAUACAGCAGGAAUUGUAACUCGAAAAGAUGGGUACAGCCGCAACAAAAUGAACACCUACCUACUGCCAGUUUUAAUCUUCGACAAUGAUUACCCUAUUCAAAGCAGCACUGGCACACUCACGAUCCGUGUGUGUGCCUGUGAUAACCUAGGGAACAUGCAGUCCUGCAAUGCGGAGGCCCUCAUGCUUGCUGCCGGCCUGAGCACAGGGGCGCUCAUCGCUAUUCUCCUUUGUGUCGUCAUCCUGCUCACUCUAAUUGUGCUGUUUGCUGCUUUGAAGAGGCAACGGAAAAAGGAGCCUCUGAUCAUUUCAAAGGAUGACGUCCGGGACAAUAUUGUGACCUAUAAUGACGAAGGUGGUGGAGAGGAAGACACACAGGCUUUUGACAUCGGCACGUUAAGGAACCCGGAAUCAAGAGAAGACAGUAAACUUAGAAGAGAUGUCAUGCCUGAAACUAUUUUUCAGAUAAGGAGGACUGUACCCCUCUGGGAAAAUAUUGACGUACAAGAUUUUAUCCACCGGAGACUGAAAGAAAACGACUCAGACCCAAGUGCACCGCCUUACGACUCCCUGGCCACUUAUGCCUAUGAAGGGAAUGAUUCUGUAGCCAACUCUCUCAGCUCCUUAGAAUCUCUCACAGCUGAUUGCAACCAGGAUUAUGAUUACCUUAGUGACUGGGGACCUCGGUUCAAAAAACUUGCAGAAAUGUAUGGGGGUAAUGACAGUGACCGGGACUGAGUCGUAUAUGGCUUCAUCAACAUUAGUAGAAACACUAUCUUCGAUACCA